AAUUCCGUAGGCGGUGCAAGAUGGCCGCCUCCAGUGCUGUACAGUGAUUACAGGGUUACAGGACAGCACACUUGUCACACGUAAAUUUUUUUGUCUUAUAACAGAAGGCUGUAGUGGUAUCUGAAAUGUCCAAAGUGAUUCUGCAGCGCUUUAGGGCGGCAGAACCCAUUGUGACGCUAAAUACUUUUAAAACGAGAAAAGCCGAGAUCCCGGGAGGCAGAGUCUACUCGCAGAUUUGCCGAGAUGAGUUUUCAAGGCGCCGGUUCUUCUCCACUUGCCGUUGUCUGUUCUCUAGGGGACCACCGCAAAGUAAAGAGGAGAAGGUUAUUGAUAUCCCCGGAUUGGAGCGCAUCACCUACGCGGACAGGAUGCACUAUGUCCCCGGGUUAGCAAAACCAGUAUUCUCGCACUGGCGCCGGGACUGGCACGAUCCUUACCAUUACAUGGGGCCCAAGUAUGAGGAGAUGCCGCUGUACAAGGACAAACCCUGUUAUAUAUUCCACCAGAGGACGAGCAUCCUAGAAGGUGUUAGACAAGCACUGUGGCUUACCAAGGCCAAGCUGAUACAAGGGCUGCCACCACAGAUCCUCUGUCUGGCUGAGGACCCAGCCAAUCGGAUUGAGGACCAGGACGAGAGAGUCCAGCAAGCAAUCAGCCACGCCCGGUUCUGGGACACCACCAAAACCCGGCCCACAAGAGAGAGGUUCUGUCCAGUCUUGCUGAGGAACCUACUGCACCUGUGUGGAACCUUACAGUUCAAACACCCUUCACUGUCCAAGAGGAUGCUGGCUGAAAAGUACACUCUGUCAGCCUGUUGGAGCAGAGAUGCCGAUCUCUUCCAAGUCCGAGGACAGAAUGGGCUGCUCCUGAACAGCAGCUCUCCGCUGCCUGUGAUCGCUGGGACAGAGGAGGUGCUGGGCACUGAGCAACACGUUCUGGACACCUUCUAUCCCAUCUCCCCCACCAUCGACCUGCAGCGCGUGCACGUCUGCCAGGAGAAGAGCCACACGGGGUUCGGAGACGGCUACCCCUACCCCCACGCCCACACGGUGUUCUUCUGCGAGGCGGGCGAGGAUGGGCUCCGGCUGAGGCCGGAGCAGCUCCGUGCCAAGAUGGUCAUGUUUGCCUUCGGGAACGCGCUGGCAAGGGCCCAGGCUCUCUAUGGGGAUCAGCCCCGGAUCUUGGAGCAGCCCAUCGUGGUGCAGAGCAUAGCCACCGACGGCCGACUGUUCCAGUUCGUCGUGUUCCAGCUCAACACCACGGAGCUGAGCCCGGACACAGGUGUGAAAAACCUGGCGUGGGUGGAUCAGGAUCAGCUGCUUUACGACUACGCGAAAUGCCUCCCGCUGAUUAAGAAGAAGGUCGUCAAAGUUCCUGCUGGCUUAUCAGGAUAUCAGCCCAACACAUUCAGGAAAUUCCUUGCGUUGUACUUGCACGGAGCCGUGUGAGUGGCCAGUGAAAUUCCACCCUCUUCACUCCUGGGCACUGCUCGUUGCUUGGAUAUACACCACUGUGCGAUCGGAGUGAUGGAGACGUCCGAUUUAUUCCAUCUUCUCUCGCCACUGUCUGGAGAACCGAUCUGCAUUUGUCUCUGUGACUUUUACAAUACACAUCAGGUUCAAAAUAAAGAGAAAAUGAAAGCUUAUAA